GCCACACACACACACACAAAAUAAAGACCCCCAAACAAUCAAAAUAUACACCUGCCCGCCAUUGUAAAAGGUGGCCGCUUAUCAGCAUGCCUCCCUCUGCCGAGGCAUCCCAAGACGGGUUGCUCAUUGUUGUGGCGGUGGUAUUCCCGGUGUCGUGCGUGACAGUGGCUGCCAUGUGCCUCUACUGCGACCUCAGGAGAUGGUUUACAUCGUCCGACGACGGGACGAGUCUCGAGCGAACGAGCAAUCCGGAGCCAAAGGGCAGCAACAGCAUCAGAGUCAUCCAGCCGGACCUGAAGCUCAGUCGCAGCAGCAGCGCCGUUUACCUGAACAGACCCAGCAGAGAGGACUUUGAAAGGCGCUUCAGCAUGCCUGCUGGAGACUCCUUGGCCCGGGUUAAUGUGAUGCAAACCAAUACAUCUCUACUCCAGAGCCAGAUGUACUACUCAUCUCCUGACGGUUCUCAGUAUGGAUCUACCAACCUGCUAAUCAACUCGCGCCGCCCAUCUAUAAACAGCCCACUGGACCCAAGCCAAUUCAACGUAGACAUUUACAAACAGGUUCAACCCCUGGAAAAUGUUGAGGAAUCUUGUCCCCUGGGCUCCAUCAACUUCUGCCUUUUAUAUGAGGAGGAGCUGAACAUCCUGACCGUUCAGAUCAUCCAAAUGCGGGAUCUGCCAGCAAAAGAAUUCGGGAAGCCAGCCUCCUUCAUCUGCACCGUGUCGCUACUGCCGGACGUUUCGUCGCUGCAGAGCCAAGUCCAUCACAACACCCCGAACCCCAUCUUCAUGGAGAGCUUCCUCUUCUCGGUGCCCCUGCUGGAGCUGCACCGGAGGACCGUGCUCAUCAAGCUGUUCGACGUCGACAGAUUCUCCAAGAAAAACAUCGUUGGCAAAAUCGAGCAGCCCUUGCGAGACCUCCUGCUGGACAUGAAGGCUCCCCAGCACUUCCUCAAGAAGAUGAAGCCGUGCCUGAACGAGGAACAUGGUGAGUUGUCAAUAUCGCUGGGUUACCUUCCAAACGCUGAAAAGCUUACGAUCACUGUGUUACAAGCAAGGAACAUCAACGCAAUUCAAAAUGGAUCCCAAGGACUAUUUGUAAAGCUGACCGUUUCUGUGGAAAAUGAAAAAUAUAUCAAAACCAAAAAAAUAAUGCAAAAACAAAGAGAUGGUAGUAUCGAGUUUAAUGAAUCUGUGGCUUUCAGCUAUUCAUCUGAACAGCUGGCAAAGACAAACCUGUUAUUCCAGGUUAUCCAGACCAGCAGUGGAAAAAAGAAGGUUGAAGUUGGGCGCAUCUUGUUUGGCAAGGACAGCUCUGAAAAAAUACUGGCUCGGUGGAAGGUCAUCAUGUCUGGACAACCUGCCCGGGCCGUCUGGUACAAAUUAAGCGCACCUGAAGUGGACCCCGGAUCUCCAUAACUGUCAAUUGACAAUAUUACAUCACAAAAAUACAGUGACACUUUUCUUUGAGACUCCUGGAUAAUGUUUAAAAUGAACUGUACAUUUCGAAAGGUUUACAGGAGUUAAGUACCAAUGACUGAUGAAUGUGGGAUGGACUUGUUUGUUCUUUAGUCAGGCUAAUAUUUACAAGCUACAAAGGCGGUUGGUUGGGUGACUCGUGGGUGGAUUAUACUGUGCCUGGGUUUGGGAGCUAACGACCCCUUAAGAGCCUGGGUUUUUAGCUCCUUCGUGGACAUGUAAAGAGUGAAUUUUGUUUGCUCAGCCCACAGAGAUUGCCAAAAAAUGACAAGAUUGAUGGCACCAGCUCAAUUACAUUGCACUGAAGAAACCCCGAAUAAAAAGCUGUAGCUCCUGUUCUUGAUUUAAUUACUGUACAGAAUAUGGUGUAUAUAUUAGAGGGCACGUAAUUGACUAAAAUUCGAGGGUGUUCACAUUUGGCACAAUGUUUGUGAAAAGCGUGUCUGAACUAUGGAUUGCAUUGGGAGUAGAUUUUAAAACUGCAAGGGUACAUUUCAACAACAAAAACAAAUGCCAGUCAUCCAGUUGUCGUACAGAAAUCACCCAACUGGUCAGAAUAAAAGAAGGCAAUUAAAAAUGCAAAACAGUAAUUCAAUACUGAAAUAAUCCAGUGUUUGAUAUUCAAAAUAACGUUAAAGUGCAGUAUUUUGUUGUUGUUUUAUAUACAGUCGUUACUUUAAGUCUUUGCAUAGCAAGUUGCUUUCAGUAAUCAUGAAUAAAUACUUUACAGCAAACCA